AUGUUUAAUAAGAAAACAAGAAGAAAUUUCAGGCAAAGAAAAGAUGACUCAAGCGAAGACGAUGAAAACGGAAAAGGGGACAGGGAAAGCAAUGGAAAUCAAGCCACAGCUGUCAUCGCAAAACCAACAAAUUUUCAACGCAGGGGAAUUUCAUGUAGCUCAAAGCCGAAUGAAACUCCACCACACAAAUCAGAGUCGAGCGAUGCAGAAGAUGCUGUUGAAGACCUAGUCGCUGUCAAAUCUCAGAGUAGUAAAGUCACAUCAAUGAGUAGCACUCUCAGCUUCAGUGAUGACAAGGAGUCUACCAAAGGAGACGAUUUCAAAGUGAGAAAGUGUGCCAACAAAGCCGUGGUUUUCCAAGUGCGGAAAAAAGAAAAAACACUAGCCAGCUCGAUACGUCCCCAGGCUAAAAAACAAGAGGUUUCAAAAACACCAGAAGAGAGUAGUGAAUCUGCCGAGGAUGUUCCUGCAGAUAGUGAAGAUGACAACAGUUCAACAAUGUCCAGCUCAUCCAGCACCUCAAGACCACAGUCUGUUACCAUCCCUGACGCACGAAAGAUCCAUGCAGCCAAGGAGCAGAGGAGAAGAAUGCGCGGCCAAAGAGACUACAUCCCCCUCGACGGGGAUCGGGAAAGCACCCCAGAGAUGGGAGAGGAAGAGGAGAUGGACAACGAAGAGCGUGACAGCGACAACGAACCUGAUGAUCAUGAGCGCAGGAUCGAGUUUGCCCCCAAAUCCAAAACUCUGCGAGAACGGAUGGCAGAGACAAUGGGUGAGAGUGACAGCGAGCAGAGCCAAUCAGACAGUGAGGAAAAGGAGGGGCAGAGCCUGUGGGAGGAGCAACAGAUUGGGAAAGGAUUCAAGAGACAUCAUGUAAAGUUUUUUAAUUUAUUGUUAAAGCAGAGGCAGAAGAAAGUAGACAUUCCAAAGUCUCUGCCACCCAUUAGUACUGAGGUCAUUAAGAGGAGAAUUAUUGGAAAGCUGGAGUCUUUGAGGGAGGUGCACAGAGCUCGGGAGGCGGAGCUUCGGAGGAUACAGUUUGAGAUUGAGAGCUCCAAGGAGUCCUUGGAGGGACUAGAGAACGGUUCUGCUGACGAGCAGCUCCGGUUCUACCGCAGCAUGAAUGUGUUCACACACAACCUCGUGGAGUGUCUGAGUGAAAAGAUGGCAUUAAUAAACUCUGUGGAGCUGGACAUGCACACUCUGUACUUUGACCAGACGGAGGCGCUGUUGUCCCAGCGGAGAACCGCUGUGCGAGAAGAAUCUGCUCGCCUCCAAAAACUGUCCUAUAAUACUGACUCCUGCAGUAACGGUGAUGCAGUGGAGGUUUCUAAGCCAACCACAGACAGCUUGGCCGGGAGCAGUGAAGAGGACUGGGGGCGUGUCCCAGCAGACAUGGAGCCAACCCCAGAGCAGGAGGCGGAGCUUCAAAACAAGAGAGCCGACAUUCUGAAGAGGUCUCGGGACAUCUUUGCCGACGUUCAGGAAGAUUUCUUCAACGUGAAGAAAAUCCUUUCCCGGUUUAACGAGUGGAGAGUUUCGUUCCCCGACUCUUAUAAUAACGCUUACAUCAGCCUCUGUCUGCCCAAACUCCUCUCCCCUCUGAUCAGGCAUCAGCUGAUUGGCUGGAACCCACUUAAGGUAGAGGGAGAGGACUUUGAGGCGUUGCCAUGGUAUUCUGCGGUAGAGACCUUCUGCCAUGGUCAGGGAUUUGAAGAGUCAGAGAAAAUGGACAGAAAAACCCUCCCUGGCAUCAUAGAGAAAGCCAUCCUGCCCAAAGUUCAAGGUUUUGUGGAGUUUGUUUGGGAUCCGUUGUCAUGGCAGCAGUCACAGUGCCUCGCAUCACUCUGCAAAAGACUGCAGGAUGAUUACUCCAUCUUCAGUGGCGAACUGAGCAAAACUGCUAAGGCGUUUAUGGAAGCCGUCACGUUGAGACUGAGAAGCGCUGUGGACGAUGACGUCUUUAUCCCCCUGUAUCCAAAAAAGUUUUUGGAAGACAGAACAUCCCCACAGUUCAAGUUUCAGAACCAGCAGUUCUGGUCAGCAGUGAAGCUUCUCAGUAUCUUUGCAUUGUGGGACGGUUUAGUUCCCGACCACGUCCUGAAGGAACUGGCGUUGGACAAGCUGCUGAAUCGCUACUUAAUGAUGACGCUGCUCAACGAGUCCAGUCUCCCGCAUUCAGUCCACAAAUGCAGAAAGGUCGCUGUUUGUUUCCCGAGGUCUUGGUUUGAGCAGGUGGACACGCAAACCUCUCUCCCUCAGCUGAAAAACUUCAGCAGUCAUUUGGUUCAGACAGCCCAGGCCAUCUGCAAAGCCGACCCUGACCCCGGCAGCAGGAGGGAGCUUUUAAGUGGCCUGCUGUCGGUUCUGCGGAGCAUCAAGGCUGAGGAGAGUAUAAAUGUGAUCACAGAACAACACCAGUGUAAGGAUCUGCUGGAUUCUCUGAGCGUCUCGUAGAAUUCUCCCCCUCGCCAGCUGUGUCACACG